GCCUACAAGCUGGAAAAGGCACUAAACUGCCUACCAUUGCCUGAGUUGUCGUCAGUUCUUCUCAGAAAGCCACACCCCUCUCGUCUCAUCAUCAGAUUUCCCGACCCAAGACUUUGGAUCGAUCCAUCUCUCUUCCUUCCCCCCCCUCCCUCUCCAAUGUUGUUGGCCUAGUGCCUGCUUGGAGAGCAGAAGCUUAAACUACAUAUUCUAUCCCUCAUUUGACCAGCUUCUUUGUAGUUUUGCUCCUAAUACGAAGUGGCUUUCCUCUGGGACGCCCAUAGGUAUCCGUCGUUCCAUCGGAAGGUAAAGAUCCGUGCUUCCUAGUAGCAGCGAGUCAGGACAGCCAGCCAUAGAAAGAUGCAGCGGGUUUCCGCACUCCUCCCGUGGGAUCGCAGCAGGUCGAGUGUGAACGUCAGCAGCAGCACCAACACCAACUCCAAUAGCCAUCAUUCUCCUCGAGUAAAUAGUGUCGAUGUCGUUCGUGGAUGGGCCGAUAAGAUUCCCUCGCCCAUCAAUCGCUUCAGCACUCCGAGAUUAGGCAAAGACGCCUUGUUGCCCCAAACACUAGAUAAAGAAUGCGACAAGGCCGCCCGCAUUUUGAAGUCAUUCUGCAACGAUGGCUUUGCAGCACCAGACGACCGACCAGGGAGCCCCUCAACCCUGGCAAGCAAUCAGUCAUCGCAUAGGUUUUACAAAAAGAUCCCCCCGAGAAUCAUACAAAAUGCAGUCGGGCUAGCGAUUUUCACCUCGAUGCGAUCUGGAAUAUGGACGACGGGGUCCGGAGGUAGCGGCAUCUUGAUUGCGCGCAAAACCGACGGAACAUGGUCUCCGCCAUCCGCACUCAUGCUUCAUACAGCUAGUUUGCGCUUCGUUUUCGGUGUCGACAUCUACGAUUGCGUCCUUGUAAUUAACAAUUUCACCGUCCUCGAGGCUUUUGGUAGGCCACGGUUAACCCUCGGUACCGAUGUCAGCCUGACCGCUGGUCCUUUGGUCGCUGUAGGCCUACUCGAAAACGAUGUCACGUGGGCCGAUCUGAGCGACCGAGCAGUUGUAUAUGUGAAGGCGAAAGGACAAAGCGCAGAAGUCAAAAUGGAUGGUAUAGUCGUAAACGAGCGUGCUGAGGAGAAUGAAAGAUUUUAUGGAAUGAAAAUAAGCGUGGCCAAAAUUCUCUCGGGCGACAUCAACCAGAGCCUACCCCAAACGCGAGCCCUCACCGAAGUUCUGAAGGCUGCCGAAGGAAGAAAUGACUACGAUUCAGCUCUUAUUGAACAACUUUCUUUUCACCCGACGCCUGCGGAUGCCUCGCAUGAGCCAAACUCAAUGGCUCCAUCGCCACUUUUCGGAAUUCCUGACGUGGAGGAUCCGGACCCCUUCGGCGUUUUAGCUUUAGAGAUGGCCGGCAUGGGUAUUCGUGAAGCCGGUACGCGAUUGAGACCUGACAGUACCCAGUUCGAAUUCAAUCCUAGCCCCACGAGUCCCUUCUUCCCUAAAGGCAGUCGUCGAAGUAUGGAUACAUAUUUGUCACGAAGCAAUAGAGGAAGCUAUAUGUCUAAUAAGACAAUGGCGACCGAACGGAGCCAGAUGACCGAUGCUGGUACACAAACAUAUUUCGUAACACCCCAGACAACACCAAGCUCGAGCCAAAGCCAAAGUGAAGACGGUAGUCAACCAGAAAAGACCGAGGAUGUCCCAGAAGUAAAAGAGCCAAUUGAAAUUGAUUAUACUAAGAUCGACAUAAGUGCUUUGAGAAGUCUGUCAAAUUUCCCCGAUCUCGACGAUAAACCACCAACAACAACGAUGGCAAUUCAAGAAGAAGACGAAGAAGAUGAAGAUGAUGAAGAAGAUGUGGAGGUGGAGGAAGAGGCGGAGGAGGGGGAGGAGGAGAGUGAAAGUGAAAUGGAAGACGAUAUGGGUAUCUCUACUGAGGACGCAGAAACCACUACAGGAACAUACCCCGAAGCUGUUCACGAUGCUACAGAGAAUGAAGCAUUAGACGAAGACAAUGCCGAAGACAAUGCCGAUGAUAGUGAGGGUGAAGUUGAGGGCGAGGCAGAGGAGAAUGGAGACGAAUCUGAUGCCGAGGAGGAAGCUGUUGUGUUCGAAGUCGCCAUGGCUAAAGCGCCAGCUCGUCUAACCAUUGGGGCCUCCCGAGUUAACAUUCCUGCCAGAGUAGCGCCGCCGGUACCAGUCAGGAGCCCGGCUCGUGCGUCUCUCAGAAAAAGCCAGAUGAGCGAUGUCAACAGCUUGAUUAGUAGCCCACUAAGACGGGAAUUUGAACUGGAUGCCGAACUAGAAGAGGCAACUACGCCAAGAGCCACUGAGAAGGCACUGGCCCGAUUGGAAUCAACCGAUAAUAAGCUGGUGGAAGAAGUGGAAGAUGAUUUGAAAGAGACGGGAGAAGAUACCGAGACUACUGAGCGUCCCACAACUCCGACUCCAGAAUCGAAGAGCACCAAUAUGUACUCCCCCAAGAUCAGCAAUCGAUCUUCCCUAAGAGAGACGACCGCGGCCGAGACAUCUCCAAAGUCAGAUAGGCAUGUCAGCCUCAAGGCUGGGCCUGAUGUGUCCGUGUCCGUUGCCUAGGGGGUGACAACGUGAUAUUUAACAUUUCCUUGAUUCACGAUUUGGGACUUUCGGAGUUUUAGGGGAAAGCAUAGGGAUGAUUAAAGGAAGGACGAGAUACCACUAUGAUCAGGGAAUGAUCGGAUUUGAGGUAUUGGGGCUAUAUUACGCACGACAUUCAACGCAGGAGCUCAUUGUUAGAAGAAGAAAGUGUCUAGGGCGAGAUGGGAGUACUCGAGCAUAGCCAUACCCUUGAUAUGUAUUUUUACGGCUUAAUACAUUGUACAAAUUUGCACCCACAAACCUUGGAAGUGUCCAUGGAUUGUUCAACGGAAAUUCAUUCGACGGGAUGAUGGAUGGGCGCCUGGAUCCCUUAGGCAGGCAGGCAGGCAGGCAGG